GUCAUUCCAUCUCGGACAGCUGCAAACUACAUUUAAAUAGCAGGGCGAUAAAGGUCCAUUAGAUUGAACAAAGUUGCUACAGUGCAGAAUUAAAAAAUGUUGUCGAAGAUUUUAUUUAUUGCCCUAAUUGCCGGGAUGGCCAGCGCCGGGACAAUGAUGGGCCGGCUUCCUCCAAAACCUGCAGCGCUAGCUCACAAAGAAGGUUGUUACAUUGAAGAAAUAAAUGAUGUUAUUCCUUUUGGACGCAGUGUCACUGUUGGGCACUGUACGCAAGUAAUAUGUGGAGAGAAGUGGAUGUCCUAUUUCACAUGCAGUACAGGGUCAGUUGAUAUUCCCAAUUGCUACAUGGUUCAAGACUUAUCGAAAAACUACCCAGAAUGUUGCCCUAAGAUCCAGUGUUCAGGUCGCCAAGCCUAGCCAAGAAAAUAGUGUGAAGAUCUAGCACCUUACCCACUUGAUUGAAACAUUUUUACAGAGAACAUGAUUGUCAUAAAAUAUGAUUUCCUACUAUCUCUGGUUAACUUUAAAUAAAGUUUAUUUUUUCAACGUG